CUGGACUCGAAAUCAACAACUGCGGUCAGACGCUUAACCUCUGAACCGUUAGGUUGAUAUUCGGAGUUGCCGUUGUUUUACCUGAAUUUAUAGUGUUCUAGCGUUGGUAGGUUCGUAGUUUCUAUGAAAUUGAACAAUCUCCACAACCUCAUAACGAAACCUUUUGAUUAUUGUUUAUUGAAAGUAUUAGCGCCUGAACAUGUAUUUGCGUUACGGCUCGUAGUAGAAGUGAGAUGGUCCGUGGGGUUUUUGUCUGUGUUGCCGCGGGGGCUGGCAUUAUUUUCGCAGGGUAUUGUUUUUAUUUUGACAGAAAAAGACGAAGUCACCCUGAUUUUUGGAAAAAUCUCAGGAAAAGUGGGUUAAUUUUAGUGAAUAAUAUUGGAAUAGAGAGGAUGGAACAAAAGGCUCUUGAAGCUCAAAAGUCAUCCACUUUCCCAUUGCCACCUAUAAAUGAUCAGACUGGGAUGCAGAGAUUUUUCUUCAACAAAUACAACAAGGAGAAACUGCCCUGAGCAUGGGCUCUUUAGAUGAGGGUGUCAACCAUUUUGCUAUUGCCGUUGCUGUUUGUGGUCAACCCAAUCAGUUACUACAGGUGCUCCAACAGUCACUUAGUCCAACUGUGUUUCUAAGACUUAUUGAGGUCCUUCCUUCGGUGCAAUCUGUGAGUAGCUUGCUGUGUGUUUUUGGCAACGUUUUCCGCCAGUGUCACAAACGUUUUACUGUUGGUUUUACAUGACUAUCGAGAGGCUUUUUAUUUAUUAAUAAAAAGCCAUUGUAUAAAUUGCAGUGCAUUUAAUCUUUUGUCUGAUGCAAAAUGAAGCAAAGACGAUGUAUCCCUCUAUCAAUAGAAGACAAGUAUACUGCGCGGAAGUUCGUUCUGUUCUAGUUUACUACUGGGAAACAGCCAUUAAGGGUAGAAGAUACUCGUAAGUUACUAGUACUGUAAUGACACAUAUCUUAUAAAUAUUGCUCGCAUCUGCAGGGACCACUAGGUAAGUAGUGAGGUUAGAUGCAGGCUAUUAUGGAAUGAUAGUUAAUGUUGUAAAUCUUCACCGACUGAUGAUUGGGCCACUUAGUGCGCAUGCCUGAACACCGACUACCACGACGCGCGAUACUGUCUAGUGUAAGAGAUGGUUAGAAGGAAGUUAAAAGUGGCAAAACCAGAACGUGGCAUCAGUCCUUGAAGUCACUAACUUCUGGUCUGAGCCAUGUUGGUAGAUGCAGACUACAUUGCUGGGGUCUGUGCCACAAUCGUUACCAAUGAUUGGAGACUGGGUGACAUGGCUCAGAAUCUAUCACAAUGGCGUUGGUGUAUACACUGUCUUCCCUUAUAUUGUGAAAUUGAAAUUGCUUUAUAUCUUUCUACGAACUAAUUCUUUCUCCUGUACUAUAUCAUUAUAUGCAUUCUUUCUUUUAUAUAUUACUACCAUUGGAAUAACUACUAUGAAUUUAAUGUUCAUCUUGUUGUGCUAAUGGGGUAUGACAACUUGGACUGAUGCAUAUAUGUGCCUGGUCCUAUGUUGUAGCUGACUAACUGACUGAGUUCCAGUGUUAGGAUGGGAGGAGUAGAAUACGGGAAGUUUAUUGUCUUAACAAAGUUGCUUAAUACCAAUAACUCAGAGGAGUUCGCUGACUUAAAUAGGUACACCCGGGUAACGAUCCAUUAUCUGAUCAAUGUUCUAUGCAAUAGACCGUUCAGUGGUGCACUUUCAAAAGAUCGGUUUAACUUUAAAAAAUGUUAUUCUCUACUAUUGACUUGCUUUUUAUCAACACUAGAUUUUAUCCACCAUACAAAAGUCAUUACUCCAAGACAACAAGUAAUACGCAAGAUGUUGCUGCGUUCAUAUUUUAGUAUAAUAUUGUUAAUGAGUCUAAACAAAUUGACAAGUAUUCCCAUCCGGCUACUUUAACUCUCAGGUUCUUGACUUCGAAAUAAUUUAUUGCAUUUUGUAAAUGUAUGGUUUAAUCCCACCUCAGUCUAAUUAAAGCAGUCAGGUUUUUACGGUUAUGUCGUAUUGUCACGAGUUUGCUAUGGUGAUUUAUCCUUCUAAAUGUUUUUUUAGAAACUCAGCAACUAUGCGGUUUCACUGUUGAGUUUCAUCAAAACACAAGUAUUUGAUAAAACAAAAUAUGUAAAUUGCCUUCGGAAUUUCGCUCAAUUCAUUUUCAAUAAUGAGUCAGUUAAUUUACUCGUAGAUCAACUAGUGUACAUAAAAAGAUAGUCGAUCAUAACUGUCGCUCAUGAGAUCCCAUAGUUACUAAAUCUGUAAAGUGAGUUACGGUUUUGACACUUAUUCAAAAGUAGGGUUAGGCAUUCCUAUUAGUUUGUCUCCGUACAUAAUGUUGCUGUUAUUGAUCAUAUAUCUGCACGUCAUUGUGAUACCUGGAUUUUAGUCGUUUAUCUUUUGAUAAUAGGAUAGUAAGGUAAUCUGUUCAUGCAUAUUAGUAGUGGGAUGGUUUGUCAGAUAUCAGGCUCGUCAAGCCAACUUUUCCUCAUAUAUUUUUGUUACUACAAAGCGUUGUUUAUGUUUGUGCAAUGUCUAGUAACCUCAGUGGGGUACACUCAUAAUUCUUUAUUUUUUUGGAUUUUCAGAAAUACAAGACGAUGAUCGCUAGUCGUACAUCAUCAGCACGAGAAAUCGAAGAAGAUCUGGAAUAGAAGUAUCUUAAAUUGUUAGUGUACAAUUUGACUCCAAAAAAUAUAUUAGUUUUUUAUAUUACUGGUUCUCAGUAGUAAGAUGGUUUUUGGUUAUAACCGGUUUGUUUUGAUUUUUAGUUAUUGCUAACUGGACUUAUCAUUGUUCUGGUGUUGCAUAGAUCACAAGCUGACUUAGACCCUUAUGACAUGUUCGGAGAGCUUCCCAUGGACCAAGAACAAAGUGUGUCAGCGCUGCGGAGCACUGCUUCUUUUUUGGCUCCUAGUCCAUCGAAUUCUUUAGCUGCUAACCAUCAUCAAGAGCAGCACAAAAUCCUUGUCCGAACUUUGUGGCGGAAUAUCAACCCAAGAAAUUUACCAAGUAUCCCAUCAAAAACCCCAAUCAAAGUUCAAUUGGAAUUUGUAUUGCAAGAGAAGGAUAUAUAUAUAUUAAACAAGUACUGUAAUUUAAAUAAUGACUCUGAAAACCGUAUAUCACCUGAUUUAAUAAACAAUAUUUUUUCAGAAAUUGUCCGCCCGGUCGCGAUUCCUAAUAAUCCAUAUUUGUUUCAGUGGUUAACUAACGUACCGUCCUUCUGGAUAUUUUCAUUGUCUUGUGCCAUCGCUUUUGGCUGGUUGUUGAUCAUCUUCCGCUCUCGAUACAUAUUCUUCACGCUAAUUCCGUGUGGGUUGUGUAUCCUAAUAUUUUGUCAAUCAGUUUACACAAAAUAUAAUGCACGAUUGGCUCGAAAAAUGUCUGUCUUGUCUCGGCAUAAUGGUCCUCCUGAUGACUGUAAACCUUUCCAUCAACAAACUUGGCCACAGAUGCUUAGUACUUAUUUCUCCUCUCGUCCAGCGAACGACGAAUGUGCGCGUUACUAUGAAGAAGUGCUGUCGGAACCGUUUCUAUCCACCAGUUUAUACGAAGUAUGUCUGGAACUAAUAUGUCAACCAGUUAUCUCAUUAUGUAAAAUUUUGGGUAUUGGGGUUGGACAAUUAUAUCACAAUUUGUCAGAAUAUGUCCCAUUUUGGAUUGCACCAUUCAUCUGUGCAUUCUGUAUGUUUAUGGGAGUUUUCGCUUUUGUUAAAACAAUACACAGUUUUACUGGGCCGCAAUCACGCAAUCGCCGAGUGCGACAUAAGAUCAAAUCAUCAUCAAUACCAUCAAUUACUUCUUGAUGUACGUCUUGACUUUCCGAUUUUACUUUGUACCUUACAUCUUUCGGUGAAUUGUGAGUAGUGAAUUUGUAUUUACUCUUAUUUUUGUUCCAAUAAAUGAUUGCUCAGUUAGUUCAUUUUACUGUAUGAGUUUAUUUGAAACAAAAGAGACAGUUUUAGGUUUAAUUGGUUCAGUUGUUUGUGUAGUGUGAGAUAAUUUUAUAUUAAACUACCAACAGGUACCUAUCACCAACACUAAAAUGUACUCUCGUCAUCCUACGGACUAACGCAUACUCUUGUACUUACUACCAGUUUUCUCACUUAAACAGUCAUUAUUAACGCUUCCAGCCCAGAGAAUACUAUCUACAAAUUCAUAACACCACACUUAAAACGAUUUUUUCGUAACUUCCCAUACUCUUUCAAAUCGACCAACUGAUCGAACUAUCCAAGUCUUUAAUUCUGUCAUAAUAAACCGGCAUACAGGAGAAAUUUUAUUUGAUAUCGCUUGGUCCACAUAAAUGAGAUUCAAUUGUUACUCGUCAUCAUGUACUAGCCAACAUUAAAUGAAACAAAAAGGUGCUGGAGAUGACCAGAGUAUAAGGUACUUUAAAUCAUGUGGUUUUAAACAGUUUCACUAGCGCAAAUUGAUGUACUUUUGUUCUUCAGAGUCUCAGGCAUUGUGGCUUUAGUGUUAUUAAAUUCGUCCGUUCAAUUACUUGAUUCUUUAAUAAAAGGGGAUAGUUGUAGUCGUAGAGAUUUAAAUUAUUGAAAGGAUUUCAGCUUGCCAAUAGGCUCAUGUAUUAAUUUCUGAGAAAAUCAAUAGGUGCCAAAUUAAACAUUGGUUUUCGUUACUAACCCAUACGUCAUCAAAACAGUCCGAGGAUUGUGCGGCAAACAUUUCAGGGCAUAGUGAUUGAUAAAAAAUAUCAUUAAGCUCUUCGAGGACAUUCGAUGAGCGUCAAACUGAGCUAGAUACUGGGUUGUACGUUUACGUUUCCAGAAGUAGCUCGUGUAACAAACCUAAAUUUUCGUUUUUCAAAGUAAAUUAGAGACUUGUUUGAAAAACAGAAAUAAGAUCAUCUGAGUGAUUGUAGAUGACUUGGAAUAAAUUGUUCGAUAAAUAUAUUUAAUAUAAGCUUCAUAUAUACAAGUGACUAUAAGCACAUUUGAAGGACAGAGGAGUUCAUAACAAUUUAUGACUCAUAAACUUAAUUGACAAAUAUAACGAUUGGUAAUAUAGGUUUUAUGGAUCACAGUUAAUCCUGUUUAAAUAUUUCACAGAUGUGUAUUCCCAUUAUAGUUACAGUAACGCCAAACCAGCUAACGACAGCCACAUCAAUACUAACAUAGGGACUUGGUAUUGAAGUUAGGUAGUUACGUUGUUCAGUCAGCCAGAAUAAUAAUUAUUAGCUUUAUUCAAUAUUAUAUUUUCGGUACAAUAUAGAAUUCUCAGCACAAAGUAUUUCUGCGAGUUUAUUUUUUUAUUUCUUGAUCGGUAUUGACCAUAAAUAUUGAGCGAUCGCCAGUUAGAUGCAUUUCAGAAAUCGACAUCUGAGUAAUGUUUAUCCUUUCCAAUCCUUAUUGCCAGCAAUCACGAUGUCUCCGAUUGUACAUUUUUGUAACUGAAUAGGUUAUACAAUUAAUUGACAUAAUGAUUUGUUAAAACAAACAAUGAAACAGAUAACUUGUUGAAAUAUCUAAUUAGCGGGAACAGGUAGCUCAGAUAUUCAAUCUAAUCAUCAUAUUAUUUGAAUAAAGCGAGGACAAAUAUCAAAGCAGAACAAUAUGUAUUCAGUGAAAUAUUUCCGGGUGCUUGCAACCUAUCAACAGUAGCAUUAAUUUGAAGAUGGCAUCAGUCACACACUUAUCUCAGUUGGAGAACCAUUAAUACCAGAGUACACUAAACAAUUAGUCUGUUCUAAUAUGAAACCUCUUAGUAGUACGCACUCAACUCCUUCAGGGAUCGAAACCAGAACUCAACGCGGAUAUAAUUACUGCAUAUCGUAUUAAAAGAAAAGAUCUUGUAAAUAAAUAUAAAGAAGUAUAUUGUUCUUACGGCCUACUAUCUAUUAUAAAUAUUCGAGAAAAAAUUCUAAAACACUUGGGGAUGGAGUGGACGUUAUGUAAGGACAACUACAGGAAGGUACGACAUAAGAAUGAGGAAAAGGUACUCAUAAUUAAGAGCACGGAAUAAGAUAUUACGGCAUUAAAUAAUGGAAACCAAGUUUACCAAGAUAGUAUCACAUUGAGUGGAUAAAUCUAAAUAAACUUUUCGGUAACGAUGGUUUUGCGAAAACGAAAUAAGUCCUCAGUAUGUUGAUUAUUUUGACGUCGUAUCGACUCUCAAGUAAAUUACGGGCAAUCGCAUUGUUGAAAAUCUAUCCUUUGAGCCCAAAACGGAAAAUGUGCUCGGAGAUUGGAACGGUAUCACUUUUCUGUUCUCCCAAUAUGUUUACUUCUGUACUUAUAUGUAAACUGAUAAACACUUGGACGCAACAUUGAGGAACUGGUUCACCUUCGGCUAUCAACAUGCAGUUUUGGGAUAUAGUUUAGCAAGUGGACAAAUUCUUUUUAAUCCAGCUCUUCGUCUAGAAUCAACCACCUCAGUUACUUCAUCAUUUCGAAGUAGUCAUAGGAAGACGUAUCUUUUCUUCAUAGAUUGUAAGCAACUGAAAAGGAUUUGCGAAACAAAUGGUAUUAUAUUCUUCUUCUAGGAUAUUUGUUUUUGCUUCAUAGGGAGGAAAACUGUCUGAUAUACUACUUCUUCAUAUCUAGUAAAAUUCCAGAAAUAUCAAGAAUUCGAUAGUCUAUGUCAGUAGCUACUAUUCUGUUUGGCAUUUAAAAGUGCAGUUAUUCUAAAAUUACUCUUUGCAAUCAGAAUGACGUUACGAAUAUUGGGCCUUUUUCCCACAUAUUCAUCAAAGCUUUAUUCGAUCAUUAAUAAGAUUUUAUAAAAUAUAAAUUAUGGAGUAGUUUAAUGAAAACGUCAUUAUCUGUAAUAUUAAAAAUACAGGUUCUUAUCACCGAACGAAAUUGAAAGUACUUGAAAUAAAUUCGCACUGAUCAAUCACUAAGUUAAAGAAAGUGUUUCCCCUCGUCUGAACUACAUUGUCAAAUCCUAUUCAUUAAGUUGCAAAGUCAUCAUUCGUAUAAGCAAAUUUAGUCCAAAUAAAUAUUCUUAUGAUGUUAGCAGAAAAUAGGCAAUCAACUCGAAGCCUUAAACUUAGAUUACGUGUUAGGCAUAUCCUUAAUUGUGAGGAAUGCGCUAAUUAGGAUCGAAAAGUUAAAAGUUAAAAUAUGUGGUAGCGAAACAGGAUAGUGAAGGCUUUAAUGCUAGAGUGAGAAAAUGUUUCCCAAACACAAACGAGACUAGAAUUAAUAAAACAUCAAGGACCGUUCGACUAAUACAGUUUGAAAAUACACACACACACACACAAAUACAUACCUGUACACCAAACACCAAAAUUCAUUCAACGCCUACUCCUUCCAUUUCUCCGUGAUCAUCACAACACCCAACACUCACUAGCCACAUGAAAACCUAAAUAUCACUAGUGGAAAUAUACACAGAGAGAAAACAUUCCACA